GGACUUCUGUUAUUGGCUUUUUUAUUCUUAUUUAUCAUAUUUUCACAGGCUUUACCCUGCUUUCUAAGAUCAUAAUGUGAAGCUCACGUUUUUUGACCUGGAGUUUCUUCAUCUUGAAGUGUGUGAGAAUUACUUGGCUUAUCUGUUUGUGGAAGAUUCAUGCUCAGUGCUUUCUUGUUUUCCCCUGAAUUUAAUAUGCUCACCUCAUUAAACAUUCAACAAUCUCUAAUGCCAUUGAUUGCUACAACAUUUUCUUUUAUCUAUGAUUAGUAGUUACUGCUGAUUUAUUCUGAUUUGAAGAGCAGUGGUGGUCUCUGGAUGGUAGGUGCAAUGUCAGAAUAGGUAAUUCUAUUGACUUAUUUUCGGUGAGGAAUCUUUUGUGCUCAAGAACAUUGUCCAACUUCAUAACAAAAGGAGUAGGGAAUCCGGAGCAGUCUCCAGACAGUUCAUCUGAUGAAGACGAUUUUUCUGAAUUGGGUCCGCCUGUGGGACAAGGCAUAGAUACCUUCCCUAUAUCGAUGACAGAAAAACCUCAACAUUUUAGGGUAUACAUACGAUAAUCUACUCGCUCACUAGAACACUAGCCUUGUCGUUCUGCGUGAAUAUUUGUGUGGGUUUGUAUGCGGACAGUUCAGAAGCGUAAAAUUGACAGGGCAAGGCACGCUUUAUCUGGUUCAUCUUUACAUGAAAUAGGCAGCCUGAGGUCAAUAAAUGAAGCCCUGGAGCUACAUAACUCUUCUUCUGAUCUACAUUUUGGGCUUGAGAACCACAAGCAUUCAAGUUCCAACGGUAAAGCUGAUAAAUUUUUAGAUUUGGGAUCCUCAUUGCCGCAAGGCAUAGGUCCAACUCUGAAAUUGAGAACAGAAAAACCUGACCGAUUUAUGAAAACUAAGAGUACAAGAAAUGCGUCAGCUGUUUCACUCCCCAAAAGCAGGCCCCAACUGAAAGAUGAAGCCCUGAGGUUGGGUAACUCGUCGUCACCUCCACAUCUCAAACUUGAGAACCACAAUGGUGGCCCUAGAUCUAAUAUUGGCAAUAAACAGGAGUCCAAUGUUAGAAAUUUGAAUUCUGUAACUGUUCAAAAAAUACCUUCUACAAUUAAUCCUCCUCAGUUGAAAGAGGCAAUGUCCAUUUUUGGGAAGAUCUCGAAUGCAACUAUGAGGACCGUAGAAAGUGGACUAAACUGCUGCGACGUUGAAUUUGAGAGUGUAGAAUCAAGCAGGAAAGCACUAUCUGCUGGUCAAAUUAUGGUGAAUAACUUCAGUAUUCCAAUUUCUCCUCUGCAUGCCUUGGAGGCUGUAACCAUUAGAAUUAGCAACUUAAACGCCAGAACUGAUGAUUCUAUGAUUCACUCAGUGUGCAUGUCUUAUGGCAAUUUGGACACUCUUGUAAGGACAAAAGAUGAUGCAGUAGAUGCCGUGUUUCUCGUGAAGGACAAAUAUGGCUUGCUUGCCAUGCUAAAAAAGCUGAACAACACGAUGAUGGAUGAUUGCCAAUGGUCAGCUUGUAUACAACCACCAGGUUCCCCAUCUGCUGUGGUGGCUAAUGAGAACGUUUCCCAACAGCAGUUGGGGUUACAAGUUCACCGUCAUAUGCUUGUGUUGUUGGGGCAACUCUCUGAAAACAUUAUUUAUAUGGAAGAUUUGGAGAACUUGCAUUGUGCUUUAAUGCACCUUGACAGUCACCCAAUGAACAGUGGAACCAAAGGCGUGAACGAGUCACAAAAGAAGUGUCAAAAUGAUGUAUAUGUUGAAAGCAUGUAAAGAGGCAAAUCUAUGAACUUGAACAUGGUUUACGACUCAGAAAAUCGAGGCUACGUAUUUGUCUGGAUGAGCUCAUUUGAUCCCAAAUAAAUUUUUAUGGAUGAGCUAGCCGAUGAAAAAUUGAUGGAAAGAUAUUCCUGUUUUUAGAAGCAAUUGAGAUUGGAGGAGAGUCUAGAAGUUAUCGUGGACCCCUGCCCCCAUGGGUGAUGUUUAUUUGACUGAUAUUGGGCUCAUUGUGACAAGAUGUUAUACCACAAACAUUGCUAUUUGCUGAUGAAUUCAUAGGCUGUUAAGAUCUUCUGUAAUGGAAUGUCAUUCCAGCAAAAAUUGGCCUUAUUUUUAUCAGCUUUAAGAAAUUGAACUUGUUCUGACCUUUUC